AAAGUGAGAGUGAUCUGCCAGACAGUGCACUCUCACUUCACUCUGCUGGAUGUCUUCUGAUCCACUGCCAUCAUGAACCUGAAGCUCCUCUUCUUUUGCCUCUUCUUAGCGGUGCUCCUCAUGCCUGCUGAACUGAAACAUAAAAAAAAGCACAAACAUCAUCAUGGCCAUAAUCAUCAUCAUCAUGAUCAUGAUCAUGGGUCUCAGAGAAAUAAUCUAAAACACUUAAAAAAGAAGGGAAGGCUUCAGGAGAUACUUGAAGACUUCUUCUUUGCAAUCCUGGAUGGAGCUGGUGAUGAAGACAAUGAUGACAAAGACGACGACACUUCAGACUGGCUCUAUGAACUUCAAGAGCCAACAGGCCAAUGCGACCCAAACCCUUGCCUCAACAAUGGAGUGUGUGAGGAGAGAGGGAAGAAGAAAUUCAAAUGCGACUGUCCAAAACCUUUCAAGGGAAAGAAAUGCCAGAAAGGUCCAAGACAUUGUAAAAGAGGUCGAUGCGGUCAUGGUGAAUGUGUACUGAUUUCAAUUCCCCCAUACUAUGAGUGCAAAUGCAAGGCACCCUUCCAGCCUCCACACUGCAGACACUUUGCACUUUGUGAGCCUAAUCCAUGUAGGAAUGGUGGAGAAUGCGUCGUAGAGGGUGAUGACUUUAACUGCCAGUGCUCUCCAGGGUACAGAGGACGUUUCUGCCACGUUGGCCCAGAUGACUGCUAUGUGGAGGACGGAGAGUCAUACCGUGGCAAUGUGAGUGAGACAGAAGACAGAGAUGAAUGCCUCUACUGGAACUCUCACUUCAUCCUGGAGAACGGAGCUGAUCCCUUAAGCACCUUCGAGGACAAAGACGGACUUGGCCCUCAUAACUUCUGCAGAAACCCAGAUGGAGACAAGAAGCCCUGGUGUUUCUACAGAAAAGGCCGCAAGUUGUUAUGGGACCACUGUGAUGUCACGGAGUGUCCUGUGCCAACAGGUGUGACGCCAACUGAAAUUGUCCCUACUGAGGCCAAACCCACUGCUCCUCAGCCCCAACCUGCAACACCUAAACCUAUAGAAACCUCCAAACCAGCAGAUACCACACCCACAGUGACUGAGAAGCCCAGCCAGGCCCCACAACCUUCUCCUUCACCCACUUCUGCUCCUCUCCCCCCCACUGCCACCACUCAUCCGCAACAGUUCUCCACCUGUGGGCAGCCUCAGCCAAAAAAGGCCAUCACUCGGAUUUAUGGGGGUUUGAAAGUUCCUCCUGGGGCUGUACCCUGGCAGGUGUCCCUGCAAGUGAGACCACACAACAGCAAUCUGCCAUUCAAACACAUAUGUGGAGGAGUUCUCAUUGAGAGCUGCUGGGUGCUGACAGCUGGACACUGCAUUGACCAAGGUAAGGACAUGGAGGUGGUUAUGGGAGGUCUGUCACUGGAUGUGGAUGAAUCCACAGAGCAAACUGUAAAGGUUGCAGAGGCUAUUAGACACGAGAACUACAGAGAGACUGAAACAGCUGUUUACAACGACAUAGCCUUGUUGAGGCUGAGCGGCACUGAUGGAGUUUGUGCCAAUGAGACCCAGUUUGUGAAGACCGCCUGUCUGCCUGAUGCCGAACUGCCUGAUGGGACGGAAUGUAAAAUUUCUGGAUGGGGUGCUACUGAACACUCUGCAUAUGGUUCCAACCAUCUGCUGGAGGCCGACGUACUGCUGAUCGACCAGGAAAAGUGCUCUGAACCUGAUAUUUAUGGUAAAGUUCUGGAUAUUACUAUGUUCUGUGCUGGCCACCUGCAGGGAGGGGUGGAUUCCUGCCAGGGUGACUCUGGAGGACCACUGACUUGUAAGGAGAACAGCACCAACGUUAUAUAUGGUUUGGUGAGCUGGGGAGACCAAUGUGGACGGAAGAACAAGCCUGGGGUCUACACACGGGUCACCAACUAUCUGGACUGGAUCAGGUCAAAGAUUCAAGCAGCAUCUUCAUAAGCAAACUCUAAUACUCAGCAACAUGCCAGUGAAGCCAAGAACUUAGUGAUGUAUGGAGCAAGUCUUACUCAUCGUGAUUUAGCUUUUGGAUUUUGUGCAGUCGUGCCUGAUAGUUUAGACUUUAGACUUUUCAGGUCUACGAUAUCAUUUUUAAAUUCCAGUGCUACUUAAUACAAUCGUCCUAAAACGCUUUGGAAGAAUUUUAUCAAAUAGUUUUGUUGUGGAGUAAAUGUGCAUUGUCAUUCAGUUUAAUGUGUUUUUAUCUGUUACAUGUGACCUAGAAUCCUGAGACAAUCUAAAACCUGAAAUUAGAAAUGAAGAGUGUGUGGAAAAGGAAAAGACAAAAUAAAUGUUCAAUAUGACCAUCCUGA